AUGGAAAAGAGAAGCGUUGGUGUGAAAAUACCAGAUGCUCCUCCCACUUAUAUUAAAUUAGAUCAAAACGAAAAAUUCUUAUAUAUUACUAGCAAAACCAAUUAUGCGUCUUAUCAGAUAGCAGCUAUAAUCUCAUACCCAGAUAUGGAAGAUGUGCCAAAUGUUAAUUUAGAAAAUGGAAAAUUACCAAGUGAAGACAAUAAACUAGCACUACUGCUGCACGGGAGCCAAUCUCACAAGAGUGCAAUUUAUCAGACCUUAUUAGCCAAGAGACUGGCCCAAUCAGGAUAUUGGGUACUAAGAAUCGAUUUUAGAGGUCAAGGGGAUUCGACUAAUAACUACGACGCUGCCAUUGGCAGGACGCUCGAUCAAGAUUUAGAAGAUAUGAGUGUUGUGUACCAAACAAUGCUUGAUAGAUCUGUCAGGGAGCAGCUAUACAAGACAGACACGAUCUCACUGGGUGUGAUCGUGGCACACUCUAGGGGGUCCCUUGCUAUGUUCAAAUUCUGCCUGAAAUUGCUUUCAAUGGAAUACCCGUUGCCUUCUCACCUAAUUAAUUGUGCUGGAAGGUAUGAUGGAAAGGGACUUAUUGAACGGUGCUCACGGCUACACCCGAAUUGGGAAAAAGAAGGAGGGUUCUGGGCCAACGGUCCACGAUAUGGUGAAUACAACAAUUUUUGGAUCCCAUCAAGCGAAACUUAUAGUAUAGCCAACGUUUGCGUCCCGGACUUUGCCACAAUACCGCCAACUUGCUCGGUAAUGUCGUGCUAUGGUACCUGCGACCACGUAGUGCCGCUUAGUGCGGCUUCAAACUAUGCAAAACUGUUUGAGGGUAGACAUACACUGAAGCUUAUAGAGAAUGCGGACCACAACUAUUACGGCAUUGAGGAUGAUCCAAACGAGCUAAACCUACCGACAAGAAGGGGCAGGGUCAACUACUCACCACUAGUUGCCGAUUUAAUCAUGGAGUAUCUGAACAAUACAUAG